AUGGCGACUAAGCGCAAGGCUGUGGCAAUGGGCUCUGGCGCCGAUGACGAACCCGUGGAUCCCUCUGAUGAGCUCGCGUUCUAUUGUUUGGGCGGUGGAAACGAGGUCGGACGUUCAUGUCAUAUCAUCCAGUAUAAGGGCAAAACAGUCAUGUUUGAUGCGGGUAUGCAUCCAGCCAAAGAAGGCUUCUCCGCACUCCCGUUCUUCGAUGAAUUCGAUUUGAGCACUGUCGACAUCCUAUUGAUUAGCCAUUUUCACGUCGAUCACUCGUCCGCACUUCCGUAUGUCUUGAGCAAGACAAAUUUUAAAGGUCGUGUGUUCAUGACCCACGCGACAAAGGCCAUUUACAAAUGGCUGAUUCAGGACAAUGUCCGAGUCAGCAACACGUCCUCCUCAUCUGACCAACGCACCUCUCUGUAUACAGAGCGCGAUCACCUGUCAACUCUACCCCUCAUUGAAACAAUCGAUUUCAACACGACACAUACAAUUAACAGCAUCCGCAUCACGCCUUUCCCUGCCGGCCACGUCCUAGGCGCCGCAAUGUUCCUCGUAUCUAUUGCUGGGUUGAAUAUCUUGUUCACAGGGGAUUAUUCGCGUGAGGAAGAUCGCCAUUUGAUCCCUGCUGAGGUUCCGCGCGGCAUCAAAAUUGAUGUACUCAUUACCGAGUCUACGUUUGGCAUUUCUUCGAAUCCCCCACGUUUGGAGCGGGAGGCUGCGCUCAUGAAAUCGAUCACGGGGAUCCUAAACCGGGGUGGACGAGUCUUGAUGCCCGUAUUUGCCCUAGGUCGCGCACAGGAGCUGCUGCUGAUUCUCGAAGAAUACUGGGAACGACACCCCGAGCUACAAAAGGUUCCUAUAUACUACAUUGGUAACAUGGCACGGCGUUGUAUGGUGGUUUACCAGACAUAUAUUGGUGCCAUGAACGACAAUAUCAAACGAUUAUUCAGGCAACGCAUGGCCGAAGCGGAGGCAAGCGGAGAUAAAAGCGCAACAGCAGGCCCGUGGGAUUUCCGUUUCGUGCGAAGCCUCCGUAGCCUCGAGCGCUUUGAUGAUGUUGGAGGUUGCGUGAUGAUAGCAUCUCCGGGUAUGCUACAGACCGGCACAAGCCGUGAGCUUCUUGAGAGAUGGGCACCUAGCGACCGCAACGGUGUAGUAAUGACAGGCUACAGUGUGGAGGGGACGAUGGCCAAGCAGCUUCUGAACGAGCCAGAGGCAAUUCCUGCAAUCAUGUCCAGAGUCUCAGCAGGGCAAGGCCGUGGGCGUGUCCCAGGCGGAGGUGACGAGGAUCAAAAGGUUAUGAUUCCUCGUCGCUGCACUAUUGAUGAAAUCAGUUUUGCCGCGCAUGUUGACGGUGUUGAGAAUCGCAACUUCAUUGAAGAAGUGGCUGCACCAGUAGUCAUUCUAGUACAUGGAGAGAAGCAUCAGAUGAUGCGCUUGAAGUCAAAGCUGCUAUCUCUCAAUGCCCAAAAGGCCACGCCGACUAAAGUCUUCACCCCAGCCAAUUGUUCCGAGCUGCGUAUUCCAUUCCGCAAGGACAAGUUUGCCAGGGUUGUCGGCAAGCUCGCAGACAUUGCUCCCCCAACCUCUGAGGAUGAAAGCCAGUUGAUGGCCGGAGUCCUGGUACAGAAUGGAUUCGAUCUGUCAUUGAUGGCAGCAGAUGACCUUCGGGAAUAUGCUGGCCUUACGACGACCACUAUCAUUUGCAAACAACAUCUGACGCUCAGCUCUGCGAGCAUAGAUCUCAUUCGGUGGGCGCUUGAAGGCACUUUCGGGGCUAUUGAGGAGGUUGGCACCCAAUCAAAGCAAAAUAUCAAGAAGGAGACGAACGGCGAUACGUCCAUGUCGGAUCCGAAGCAGGAGGAUGCGGACGAGGAGAUUCGCAUGGAGGAAAAGCAGACUUACUUGGUCAUGGGCUGUGUGACCCUUCAUUAUCAGCCUCGAACUCGCGAGAUUGAGUUGGAGUGGGAAGGCAACAUGAUGAAUGAUGGCGUUGCCGAUGCGGUAAUGGCUGUACUACUCACAGUUGAGAGCAGUCCAGCCUCUGUCAAGCAAUCUGCCAAGGAAAAGCAUCAUCAUCACCAUCACGACGAUGAGGAUUCUUUCUUGUCCCUUCAAAAUCCCCAUGCUCACGUCGGACCCGAAGAUCGGCUGGCUCGUCUUCUCAUGAUGCUUGAAGCUCAGUUUGGUUCAGAUAUUGGACCAAUUGAAAAGCCACGCGUUCCAGUCGAUCUAGCGAUCGGUACGGACGACACUACUGAAGCUAAUAAGGAAGAGCGCGUGGACGAUAUUGAAUCCGCAGAGCUGGACCGUCUUCAUGCCCUCGGUAUCCCGGUGCCCGGGCUUGAGAUCAAGAUCGACAAGCAUGUUGCGCGCGUGUGGCUGGAGACUUUGGAAGUGGAGUGCUCAAAUGCUGUACUUCGCGACCGUGUACGAGUCGUCGUUGAGCGAGCAGUCGAGACUGUCGCAGGAUUGUGGGCGCCCAGCUCUAUGCCCACCGAAGUUGUGUCUAAUGGUUCUUCCAAGAGUCACAUUGAGGCGAAUGGGCCUCCAAGGAAGGUGGCUGCAAUUGAAGCCGAGAAAUGA